GUUGUAUUCAUCAUAAUGGACUGGGUAUCUGUUUUGAUGAAUACAACUCCCAUGAUUCACUGCAGGCGCGUCUCAUAGAGGGGCAUGUUGGCCAUAAGCCAAUUGGGAAAAGACAAGAUUGUAGAAUACAAGCCGAAAUCAUGCGAUUUACAACUUAUGUUUUUGAGUGUUUGUCCAACAUCCUGAGUGAUUAUAUGAGUCUCAUGUGCAAUUAUGGUUUGCUUAAUAAGCCACUAGUUUAAUUAGAUUUUAGAUGAAUUUUGGGAGGUUGAAUAGUCAAUUACCAUAGAUUUUACAACUGGAAUAGAAAGCGUUUUUUAUCAGUUCUGUUUAGACUACUGGUAAUGCGAGCUUCGGUUUAGGAAAACGAGGAAAGCUGCUAGGCAAAGAGUGUUCAUGAUCAAUUAAAAUCAUUUAACAGUGGGAACAGAGUAUCUUAGUAAAAUAUAGAUUAGCUUCGUAAAGAUACAUUACUUAUAUAGAGGUGACGCAAAACCGAAUAGGAUCGAGAAUAGGAAACGUUCUCAUAAAUUAACCUAAGUGGAACUUACUGUUGUGUAACUGGUCUGCUUGUACCAGACCCCUACUGGUGACCAGGAAAAUUGAGCUAAUUAGAUUCAAAUAUUCUAAUGGAUGUGAAGCAGUGUUUCUAGUUUUAAUAUCGAGUUUUUUCCUUUAUCUCUAUAAUUUAGUAAGUGUUAGUAUUACUAAAGGAUGUUUGUAAAAAAUCUCAGUAUGCAAUGUAAUAGUACAGUAAAUUAAAAAAAGAUAUAGUCAUCAGAAACUCCGUUUGAUUCGAUUUAAUGAGUGUAAAGCAAAUUGUCAGGGAACAGGAGAGAGACGACCUAAAGCCGUACCCAUCAUCAAAUGUUAGCCAAACGCUAUUUGAUCAAGCUAUCGUAAGAAUUAACCAAAAAAAUUAUCGAAAAAACAAAACGUUCAUAUCGACGGCGAUCAAUUUCAUGCCACGUCGGGGGUGACUUCAAACUUGAGGGUUGUCCCAGCGGGUUCUGUGCUUACCCGUCGGAAUGCGCCAGGGCGAGCCAAAAAAACACUACUCACACUUGCCUCUAACGGGCUACGACUUGUAAUAUGCGAGGACCUGGGUCGUAUGCACCUCCAGUAUUGUGUAUGUGAAACUGCUGUUUAUGUGUUAAGCUUUUCAAGUAAGCGCAAACACAUGUGCUAGGGAAAAGAAAUGUCUCAAAUAUGUAGGUUCACUUAGCAUAAGUAUUGGAGCUUUCCUUACGUAUACGAAGACUGACUGCUUAAUAGUCAUAAUAGCCUCGGCCUCCUCGCAGCACUAGACUUUCGGCACAGCAUGCGUGGUGUUACGGCACAAAAGAUUAUCCGUUAAAAGCAUCAAUUCAAGUUGAACCAUUGUGGUGAAGCUAUCUUGGGUUACUUCUGCUCUGAUAACACUUAGAAGGUCACAGCUUGUGCCGCUAAUUGGUUAGAAUGAUUCAUUCACAACAAUGGCUAUUGUUGUGUUAGUCAAAGAAGUGUCUUGACAACCAAAACAACCGACUGGCGACCACAUGCAUUUUUGCGCGUAGUCGAUGUCUGCCGGCGUUGUGUGUCGUCUUUUACGUUUAGCACAAUAGCGUUGGAUUCCCAAACGUUUGCCACGGUGUAGGAAAAUGCCAGAGCCUCUCCGUAACAGAAUGAAGCAGGAUAGACUGCGGCGAGAGACGCAAGAAAAGUAUGAACGGUCGUUAUUUACUCCAGCAGGAUUGAAAACGUUCAGGCUGCAGCCAUCUAUUGACAAUACAUCAAUUAUGAAGUAUCAGUCAAGGCCAUCCAGUACAGCGUCAUCCGCUGGCCAGUCUCAAAGGCGCAGUUCUACCCCCCAUCCUCCAGCACCUACCGCUCAGAGGUCCGGAAGCGCUGGAAGGACCAAUGGAGCGAGGAACCAAGUGACAAGGUCCAUCGGUACACAGACAAGUCUUGAGAGGGCAGCUAGCGCAGGCGCAGUAAGGGAGAAACCACCCGCUUCAGAUAACAGAUCACGUGACAGGGCAGGCUCGUCUCUUAGCAACCACAGCGUAACCUACAGUUCACGCAGUACCUCUUGUCAGCCCACUCGCAUGUAUCACAGCGAAGGCAUCCGAAGUGCAGCGAAGCUAAACCGACCGCCGAGCAAGGUCUAUGUGUGCCAAGAAGAACGAGAUCGGGCCCAAUCGGCAGGCCUCCAGCGCGCAAAGUCUCCGUCGAGAUUCGACGGAACUCCUGUUGAACUGCCUGGGUUUAUGAAAUCUAACUACUUCCUUCAUCAUGAAGAUUUGAGCAUGGGACAGAAACAGUACAUCUGGGGGGUGGCACGGAUUUACUCCGUCACACAACUUAUGAGUUUGAAACAGAGACAGUACCAAAAUCUGCUGGAUUACGAGUUCAGCAGAAGAAUUCAGAAUAAGGAAUUGAAAGAGCACGAGAGAGUUAAAGAGUGGAAGGAUUACCAGCGCUACUCCAGGUUUAUAAAGAGAUAUGAACAGAGAAUUCCUCGGAACAAGUUGAACUCGGCACGGUCUCCAUGUGAAGAAGCUUCUCAUGUUCACAAACACAUGAUCAAAGGUUGGACAACAGAUCCGCACGCAAACGAGGCUUACCGACCCUCCAGUAGAACAAGCUACAGCGCCAAACAGCGGCAAGUACAUCCUGAGUACCACUCGGACAGUAGAGACGAUAAUGGAGAGCAGGAAUCCACUGACAAUGAAACCGAGGAAUACAGGCUCAGGUUGAUUAUUUUGCCGGGUGAGAAAGAGGAGAGUGGAACCGAGGGCGAUUAUGCGGCAGAAUCUGGGGAAAUCGAACAGGCAAAUUCAUCGUGCGUCGACGAAGAUGGCAAUCAGAAUGUACAAAAUGAAAACGAUGAUGUUAAAGAAUCUCUUGAGCAAACAGAGGACGAAAAAGCAGAAAAAGCAGCAUAUGAAGAUGACAACUACCUUUGACAAGGAACUGGAAGAGUAGAUUCUUCACAUAGUUUGUAUUGGUGGAGCCAACUGAAAUGACAAUCUAACAAGGAAAGUUACGUAAAUCAUCUGUACCUGUCAGUCGUUCAACAAAAUUGGAACUCAUUGAUACAUGCAGAUCUGAACUGAAAAGUAAGGUUUGACUUCCACUGUGGCUGCAUUGCAGGAAUCUGCGGGCAAUAAACGGCAGUCUUCUAGCUAUAUUAGACGUUUUAACUCUUUUUGAUUUCUUGUUUAGAGUCUAUCAUACAGUUUCUUAGUACACUUUGUCCGCGAUUAAGCAGGGGCGUUGCCAAGUCACAAGCUGACGAACUACUUGAUAACUUCAUGUAUGAUUCAUGAAAUGACUGAACCUUAACGUUCUCUCUUUAUCUCUUUGUUGUAAAGAAAUGUCUUUAAAGUCCUAAGUUAAAUUUAAGGCAAAUAUUUGAGAAGCAUACAAAACAUGAUCAGUUUUGGACGUUGACUUUCAACAAAGUUCUCAUAACUGUACUCAAGUUAAUUUUAUGGUAAAUCGUGAGGAGAAUUCAUGUUUUGAUUUCGAGACAGUAAGGAUUAGCGAGUACUUUUGAAAACUGAGUUUUGGGUGUGAUCCUAGGAGCAAGUGGGUUUUAGGUUUUUACUUUGUUAAAAGAUUACUACAGAGGUAUUAUUUUUGUUAAUAAAAUACCGGAGAGUGCAUUAUAUCAUAAAUCACCUGAUCGACAAUUCCUCAUCAAAAUUGUCAGUAAAUAACUGAGGGUAUUUACCACGAUUGGAGGUAAAUAGCACUCGUUGUUGACCAACGAUUAAGUGAAUAAUUGCCUUAGUGUAUAGCAAACCAGUGGGAUAUUGAGGGUGGUGAGUAAAGAUUAUGCUCUCAAAUGCAGGGUUAAAAAUAUAUUUGGUCAUAUGUUCAUGGGGCAACUCUACAACGAGCGAGGAUUGGUUUUGUAUUUAUCAUUAAAAGAGUGAAAAUGCU